GCACAAAAAAUCAAAUAAAGUUCAUUGAAUGAUUUUUUCUUUUGGAGAAAAAACUGUCGGAUGAGUCCUAUUUCACUAUGUCACAACUCAAGAAAAGGGGGAAAAACAAAGCACAGUAAGGUGAAAAGCACACUGAUUCCAAGGACAUGAACAACAUCUUGAUAGUAUUGGCCGCAAUGAAGGACUUAAGUAAGUUUAAGAUUCGCCUUGUACUUGAAGGGCAUGGACAACAUUCUUGCUAGUAAUGGCCGCAAUGAAGGACAACAAGGAGGUAUGCUCACAGAUUUCUUCCUUGACACUGGGUUUCUGCUUUACAAAAAAGAAAAAAAUGAUUCUUAUUGUCAAUACACCUAUGGACACAGAUCAAAUCAAGGUAUUCGGCUCGCGGAUAUCCACGUUGAUUGCGUUGCUAAAAUUGCCGAAUUAGAGUUAGAUGAAAAAGAAAAGAUGAAGGAGAAGAUUAAGCUCUCUCUAAAGUACAAUUCCACCAUCUUUAUUAACAGAUAAGCGUUGGAACUUCAUGGUAUCGAACGCCUUGCAUUGGUAAUUAUAGUUAAAAUCGUCUCUACAUUUGGCAAUCCCGAACUUAUUCACUUUCAAAUUUACUUUCAAACAACACAUUCUUUAUCGUUUUUCUCAAAAAUUUCAUUUUUUUUAAUUAAGAGAAUGAAAAGACAAUUAAAAAUCUCGAAGGCGCCAAGAAGGGGCUUGAUCCUUGAGAGAUUUACCUUGGUAAAGAUGGAAGGCUAUGCCGUGUUUAUGGGCCCCAAACUGUUUAUUGUUUCCCCAGGGGUUCCAGCCGGGUUUUGAUUGGCUGUGAAUUGGGUAAAAUUAUCGUGUGUAAACAGGGGAGUUGUUCGUUUUCAUUUAUUUUUUAUCUGAUUCGCCGUUUUCAACUUCGUGCCAAUGGGUUGUUUCUAAAUAUGUAGGUUUGUUUGUUAAAUUUAUAUUUUUUUUGUUUGAUCGAAAUUCAAAUUUUGGUCGUGAAAGUCGGGUUCUGAUUGGUUGGUGGAUUUAGGGACCCUCCUGUGCCGCGGGUUUUUGUUUUUUGGGUGAAAUUCUAUUACAUUUGGAUUCUCCAUGUAAAACUGUAUGGAAUAGGGAAAAUUUGCGAUGAAAUGUUGGUUUGUUAAUUUUUAAUUUGUGUUUGUUUAGAAACGACGAGGGCGGCUGUCGUUUGUCAUUUGUUUUUGAUGCUGUCAUGGAGAGAAGUGGAAAACGUCAGGUUUUUCGGUUAGUCUAUUCGAUCAGCGUUUCGUAAGUUUUCCCUUUCAGAGUCUAAUUAAUCGCAAUCUUGAACAACUUUUAGAAAAGGUCAAAUUAGUGGUGAACUGCGUGUAAGUAGCCCUCGUUUAAGAGAAUUCCCCAAGUGGUGGCUAAUAAAUCUCGAAGGCCGACACCCAGUGGCGUUUUUUGCCAUGUAUCUCCAUCUUUUCUUUUGAAUUUAUCAUAUGGCGGAUGACUGCCGAAGCUACGCUUUCUCUGCACUUCGGGCUUCAAAUAUGAUAGUAAUCGAUAACUGCGACCGCCAGGAGCGCGAAGGAUGGGUGAACAAAAUGGCUGCUAGGCUGGGUGGGAAACUAGCCAAAUGAGCCCUUUACUAGAUUGCAAAUAACUCGGCCAAUCAAAUCCGAAAAGAGAUUAGCUUUCGGAUUUGCAUUGAGGGGGGGCCAAGCAAAUUUUUGGGAGAAUUAUUUUGUUUUAGAGUUCGCUUUUUCCCAAAAAGCGAUACCAAAGACCCCCCCAAAUUUCCAAAAUUUGAAAAAACCCUAACUUUAACAUAAAAUAUCUCCCGAAUGGCAGGGAAUAUUAGAAUCAUGAAAAAACAGGCAAAUCCGGAGUCAAAAACUGGAUAGGCCUGUAUUUUUUUUUUUAACUUUAGAUCCCAUAGCAGAAUUAGAAAAAAGGGGGGUCCAUGAAUUUGGUGCGGUUGAGUGGUGGAUUGCUUGUUAAAAAACUAGAUGUCAUUAUUUCUUAUGUAAACAAAAUUGGAAAACAGCAAUUGAGAUAUGAGACAAACAGUUGUCGGAAACUAACCUUAAAUCCCGAAGGCGACCAAGGGGCUUUAUAAUCGUAAAUAAACAUAUCUGCCUGACAAUCGAUCAAUAUUUUGAGUUUUGCUUGUUGUUUUUCUGGGAUAUGAGGUCAAUCUUUCCUAUUUUUGUAUAAAACGCCAUUAUUAAACAUUUGUUUUUAAAGUAAAUGAUAAUAAGAAAUAGAAAUAAUAAUUAAUUCAGUUACCUCUGCAAUUAUAUUUUGAAGCUUUAAUAAUUCUGGUAAUUUCUGUGACUUAUUUCUAUUCAAACCACUUCGACGCGGCAUUACACUGUUUUGUUUUUAACCAAUGUUAUUAUUUUU